ACAAUCCAGGAAACAAAAACCCAGGGUUUCUAGUUACCUAGGUUGUCAAAAACCAAGAUUCCCAUUUACCUAGGUUUUCAAAAACCAGGAUUCUCUUUUACCUAGGUUUUCAAAAACCAGGAUUCUCUUUUACCUAGGUUUUCAAAAACCAGGAUUCCUAUUUCCCUAGGUUAAAAAAAUGACGUAAGCAAGACGACUAAACAACCGGGAGGGACCUUGGUCUUAUCGUUAUCUCGAGGGGGGGGCAGCCACCCUUAUAACUGGCUUUCUUCAUGGUUCUCUAAAAAUUAAGGCUUUCCUUGCGAGACGAGAAUCUUCACCAUCUGAAUCAUGAGUGCCGGUGCCCGUCGUCAGUCCCCUCUCUCUCCGUUACUGGACCUGGAUCAGGGUUUGGACCUGGAUCUGGACACUCAUUACCAGCUUGUGCAUCUCACUGCUGAUAUCAUGAUGCUACUUAACUAUCUUCGCAGCACCCCCCCCCCAAGAAUGGAGAUCCGGGGUUCCCCCCUCUUCUUCGGUACAGAAUCUGCCCCACGAACGUGCGUGUUGACGCCUCUACACAGUCAGACCCAGAACCCCCCUCCAGCUUCCAAUCCGAGGAUGAUGAUGUUGUCUUCUCCGAUCCGGGCCCCGACCAUCCGUCCCUCUUCUCACCCACCAGUCCGCCCGACUCUCAGUGGUCCGCUCACUUCACCCACCCUGAUUUCCCCAUGUCCCCAGGACGCACCCCAUUUUCCUCCCCCUCUUACUCUCCUCCAGACUACGCACCCACCCGUCCUGUGAAUUACCAAUAAAAUUACAUUUUUACUCAUA